AUGGAAUUGGGAUCAAGAGACGCAUCAACCCCAACGAUAGCACAAAACGACAUAGGCUGGCAAGCACUCGCCCCCGCCCUCGCCUGCACCCUCCUCGCAACUCUCGUCGUAGCAGCACGCUGGUACACCCGCUGCAGAAUCGCCAAAUGCACCGGCCCCGAUGACUGGAUCAUCUUGCUCUCCCUCAUCUUGUCCAUCGCAAUGACCGCCCUCAUAGGCGCCGAAGUCCACUCCGGUGUCGGGCGGUACGACGCCGACGUCCCUGCCACCACGGUCGCGAAGCUGGUGGUCGCGACGAACGAUCUGUGGAUUUUGGUGGUUAAUGUCACCAAAGCGUCCAUUCUCACGCAAUACCUACGCAUCUUCAGCAGCCGGGUGAUAAGGAUGUGUUGCAUCAUCCUGCUGCUGUGUCUCUUGCCGGCGGUCGCUUGGGGCGUGUUCGGCGGCACGUUCCUGUGCAGUCCGGUAGCGAAGCUGUGGGAUCCGAGCAUGGAGGGGAGUUGUAUGAGCGCUGUGGAUUACUGGUACUCCGUGGCUGGGAUAGACAUCGGGCUGGACUUCCUCAUCCUGCUCCUACCGCUCCCCGCUAUCGUACGGCUGCGCCUACCACGCAAGCAGAAACUCGGCUUAGUCCUGGUGUUCCUGCUGGGCUUCUUCGUGUGCGUCGUCAGCGUGGUGCGUGUCUGCACCGUCCUGGUCUCCUCGCUGAAGGGGGACUACGUGGCUUCGGGCGUCUGGGCAAUCGUGUGGUCGGCGGUGGAGGCGAAUGUGGGGAUCGUGUGUGCGUCGUUGUUGGCGCUGAAGCCGCUGGUGGUGAGGUGGUGGCCGGGGGUGUGGGUGGAGGAGGAGGUGCCGAAACAUUGUUUGCGGUUGCCGAGGGUUGAGACGGAGGUGGGGGAGGAGGAGAAGGAGAUGGUGGCGGAGGAUACGAGGGCGACGAGCAUGCCUGUGUCGCCGAGUAAGGGGAGCCAGAGCUGGAGUCGGAGGGACACGGUAAAGACAAUGUCGUCGAAUGGCUCCGUCAGCUCGCCGUGGAGUGCUAAAGUUGGAGGGUGUCCUAUCGAGGCUGGAAGAAGGGAGGGACUAAGUUUGUUCGAUGUGCUGCACGAAGAGGCAAGCUUGGCUCGUAUACCGUCAAGGCCGGAACGGAGUAAGAUGCAUAUGCAUAGAUGGGAGUAG